CAGCUGAGUGUCUCCCGAUACCCGGAUGUGGGGCGAUCUGCUGGCUCCAGCCGGACCCUCCGCUAGGCAAAAAGGAAGGUUAGCCUACACUUACAGGAAAUAAUUAGAAGCAUCAGUCCUUAUAAGCAGCAUCAGUCAACUUAAAGAAAAAGGUGAUAUAUGAUUUCCAUUUCCCUAAGGUGCUGUAUAAUGAGUUAAGAGCAUAUUAUAAGGAAUGGUUUUGUCAAAUUUUCAUGAGUUAUGGUGGCUGAAACAUCAGUUCUGUCUUGGGGGAAAAGAACUAAAUGGCAGCACAAAAGGAAACCUAUAUUAAUAGAGUAUUUUAUUAAACGAAGGAAGCUAGAUAACUGCAAACCAACAGACUCAGCAAACAAGGAAAGAAACGUGUUAGCCAUAAGACAUGUUUCAAAUGAAUCAAAAUCCAGUAACUGUGGACUUCAGAAGAAAAAUGUUUUCAAAAAUUUUACCAAAACAGACAGGUCAGUGAUAAGUAACUUCUCCAGUAAUAGGGCUAGGCCUGAAACCAAAAUUAAUUUAAAAAUUAACAAAACAGAUUGAAUCUGAAUUAAAUUUCUUUUCGUAAAAAAACUUUUGAAAAUACUGAAUUAGUAUUAAUUUUUCCUCAAGUUUCUAUUGCCUUGUCCAAAGUAAAGCAAGUAUCUUUAAGCAUUCAUGACAGCUUUUCUCAUGUCCUAGGAAUGACAGAAACCUUGCUUGAAGCAAAGUAGUAUUUUUGUUGAAAAUGUUUAUCAGCAUCAGUUAAAGUUGAUUUUUUAAGACCUGCUCCUCAUUAGGAAUACUAGCUAUUCAGCAUUCACACCUAUCAGGACACGAAAGUCCUCUCAAAAACUCUUCAGAAAAGGAAGACGUUACUCAGGAAUGAUGUCCAUUCAGGAGAAAUCAAAAGAAAAUUCCUCCAAAGUUACUAAAAAAAGUGAAGAUAAGACUUUAGAAACAGAAAUUCAAGGUUCUCAAAAGAAUCUAGCAAAAAAAUCAGGUCCAAAGGAAACUGUAAAAUCAUUGGUUAAAUUUUCUAGUAGUGAAAGUAAAAUAAAUCAGCCUGAAUUGGGAAUACGCAUGACUACAAGGUCAGCAAAGGCAUCAUCCCAUAAUAAAGCCACUCUGUCCAUUAAUAAAAAUACGGUGACUGUGAAGGAACAUGCACAACAAGAAUCUACAAAAAAGGAGAAAUUAUCUCAGAAAAAAUUAGUGCAUGAAACAAUUAAAGCAAACGAACAGCUUAACCGGAGAUCACAAAGACUGCAACAAUUAACAGAGGUUUCGAGGUCUUUGCGCAGUAGAGAAAUUCAGGGUCAAGUUCAAGCACUUAAACAGAGUUUGCCACCAACGAGAAAAGAGCACUGUAGCAAUACUCAAAGUAAAUGUAAUAUGGUUAAAACAAGUCAAAAACAUGUGAAAAGAAAAGUACUGGAAAUAAAGCCUGACUCUAAAGAGGAUGAAAAUCUUGUAAUUAAUGAAGUAAUAAAUUCCCCCAAAGGGAAAAAACGCAAAGUAGAACAUCAGACAGCUUAUACUUGUAGUUCUCAGUGCAUACAAGGAUCUGAAAAGUGUCUUCAGAAGACUACUAGAAAAGAGGAAAUAAAACCUGUGCCUAUAACUUCUGAGAUAAAAAGAUCAAAAGUGGCUAUUUCAGGGGUGUCAAAAAAGAGUGAGAUGAAGAAAUCAGUUCAUACACAAGUGAAUACUAGCGCAAAAUCCCAAAAAAGUCCACAGCCAUCAGUGCCUGAAAAAAGUGUAGAUAAUGAGCUGGAGCAAGAAGGAAAGAGCAAACGAGGUAGUAUUCUCCAGCUCUGUGAAGAAAUUGCUGGUGAAAUUGAGUCAGAUACUGUAGAGGUAAAAAAGGAAUCUUUACAAAUGGAGAGUAUAAAGGAGGAGAAGCCUAUAGAAAUAAAAUUGGAAGAGACCAAUGUUGAGAGACAAAUACUUCAUCAGAAGGAAACGAAUCAGGAUGUGCAAUGUAAUCGUUUCUUCCCCAGUAGAAAAACAAAGCCUGUGAAGUGUGUACUAAAUGGAAUAAACAGCUCAACUAAGAAGAACUCCAACUGGACUAAAAUUAAACUGUCAAAAUUUAACUCUGUGCAGCAAAAUAAAUUGGAUUCUCAAGGUUCCCCUAAAUUGGGCUUGUUACGAACCAGUUUUUCACCACCAGCUUUAGAAAUGCAUCAUCCAGUGACACAAAGUACAUUUUUAGGGAUAAAACCACAUGAUAGAAAUAUAGAAUGCCAGCAGGAAAAACUGAAAGAAAUAAAUUCUACAGAAGUUAAAAUUAAUGAUAUUACAGUUGAAAUUAAUAAAACUACAGAAAGGACUCCUGAAAAUUGUCAUUUGGAUAAUCAGAUAAAACCUUCUCCUGACCCACCAUUGGAUAAUCAGAUGAAACAUUCUUUUGAAUCAGCAGCUCCAGAUAAGAAUUUCAGCCUGUGUUUGGAAUCCAAGCUGGGAAGCCAUCCAGUGGAAAAUACUAGUUCUGUUUCAACUCUGCUCCGUCAGGCAAAAAUUGAUACAGAAGAGAGUAAAUUUCCAGGUUCAGCUCCCAAACAGCACAGUAUACUCAAUAACCAAACAUUUAAGAGCAGUGAUAACAGGGAGACACCACCAAAUCAUUCUUGGCCUAAGUGUAAUUCCCAUUUGGAGAUAACAAUUCCAAAGGACUUGAAACUAAAAGAAGCAGAGAAAGGUGAUGAAAAACAGUUGAUCAUAGAUGCAGGACAAAAAAGAUUUGGAGCGGUUUCCUGUAAUGUUUGUGGAAUGCUUUACACAGCUUCAAAUCCAGAAGAUGAAACACAGCAUCUGCUUUUCCACAACCAGUUUAUAAGUGCUGUAAAAUAUGUGGGCUGGAAAAAAGAAAGAAUUCUGGCUGAAUACCCUGAUGGCAGGAUAAUAAUGGUUCUUCCUGAAGACCCAAAGUAUGCCCUGAAAAAGGUUGACGAGAUUAGAGAGAUGGUUGAUAAUGAUUUAGGUUUUCAACAGGCUCCGCUAAUGUGCUAUUCCAGAACUAAAACACUUCUCUUUAUUUCUAAUGACAAAAAAGUAGUUGGCUGCUUAAUUGCAGAACAUAUCCAAUGGGGCUACAGAGUUAUAGAAGAGAAACUUCCAGCUAUUAGGUCAGAGGAAGAAAAAGUCAGAUUUGAAAGGCAAAAAGCCUGGUGCUGCUCAACAUUGCCUGAGCCUGCAAUCUGUGGAAUCAGUCGAAUAUGGGUAUUCAGCAUGAUGCGUCGGAAGAAAAUUGCUUCUCGCAUGAUUGAAUGCCUAAGGAGUAACUUUAUAUAUGGCUCAUAUUUGAGUAAAGAAGAAAUUGCUUUCUCAGAUCCUACGCCUGAUGGAAAACUGUUUGCGACACAGUACUGUGGCACCGGUCAGUUUCUGGUAUAUAAUUUUAUUAAUGGACAGAAUAGCACCUAAAACAAAUUCUUGCCUACAGUACUAGAAGACAUCUGUUGAAGAGAAUGGAUUGGUUGCUGACUUUAAUCAGGAACUAGGGCCAUUUUUGUUACAAUGAACUCAGGACUGGCAACAACCAUAUGGUUGUUCCAUUUUCAUAAAAUUGGAAACAAUGCAGUAAUAGCUUAUUAUUGUUUUGUUUUUUAAAGAAGAUAUUUUAUUAUCUUUUACAGAAAUUUAUGAUUGAUGUAUUUUAUCUAUAGUUAUUUAGACAUGUUUACAUGCAGCAGAUAAUUGUUCAUAGUGGACUGAAAACUAAUGCAAGGACUAUGGUCUCAGUGAUAAGUAUAUUUUGAAGUUCUUAAUAUGGAAAUAUACCAGUGUAGCUUGGUACUGUAUUUUUUAUAUUGAUCUGCUGAUACCAGUUAUAGGUUUAAAGACUGUAUUUUCAGAGUGGAAACCAAUGUUUUUGAGUUAUUAUCCAAGGAGGGUGCAAUAUUAGGGGUUUAGGAAUUUGAAGCUAAUUUUUAAAAGGCCUGAAGUAUGCUUUGAAGAAACACAUACAGAAAAAGAAAGCUCCAAAUGAGCAGGAAAAAUUGGAAUAUUGAGCUUUUCCAUUUUUUUUCCUUCUUAUCUUUAAUGGCAGGAAGAAGUGGAGAAUUGAGGCUUUUCCUCUUGGAAAGCUUGACUAGAAUUAGGAAGAGUACCCUCUAAGUUCAUUAUUCUUUCAUUCUGGUUUCACUUUUUUUAAUAAAUGGCAACUUGGCACACAUGGGCUGUUAACACAUCUCAGAGAGGUUCAUAAAAAGCUAUGGAAUAGUUGCAAACUGAAUAUGGAUGACUUGGUAUCUGCUUUGUUAUUCCUCAGAAAUACUGCACUGAGUAUAUGCCCUCAUUACUGGACUUCAUUUUGAUACUUGUCUAUCCUUCAUAGUGCCCUCUACUUUUAAAGGGUUUAUAUGUUGAAAAACUGCUGUGGCCUUUUAUGACCUGUAUAUAAUGUAGAAUAAAAUAAUAAAAUACUUGAUAGCUUUUCUAAGUGACAGAUGUACUAA